AUGAUUGUUUUUCAUUUGAUCGACUUGGAGGAGAAUAAGUUGUGUUGCACUCUUUGGAACGAAUAUGUUGAUAAUUUUCUUCAACAUGAACAAGAACAUGCUGGGGUUGAUGGCCGCCCAUGGAUUAUGAUAAUUAACUUGUGUAGAGCAAAACCAUUUGAUGGUCGCCCUAAUCUGACAACGUCGCAAAAUAUCACUCGGCUAAUUUCAAAUGAAGUUCCCGAGAUUCAGGAAUUUCGUACAAGGUUUGCAACUGCACGUGUUCGAAAUGCUUCUUUAACUUCGAGGAGUUCGAUUGUAGCACGUAGUGAAUUGGAUGAACUUGCUAGCGGUAAUUUGGUAGUGGCCUCUGUUGAUUCCCUUUAUGGGGUUGAUAAGGAUACAACUACUUGGAUAUGUGCUACUAUUAAAUCGGUUAUUGACGAGUGGUACUACCUCGCAUGUCGCAAGUGCAGUACUAAAAUGGACGAUAAUCAAGGCCACUAUGAGUGCUCUAAAUGCCAAGGGAAAAGGGGUGUUUUUCGGUAUAAGAUCCCUUUUGUGGUUGCCGAUGCAAGUGCGGAUGCUACAUUAAUUGGUUGGGAUAGAGAUUGCGAAAAACUACUUGGUAUCAGUUGUGAUGCACUUAGGCGUGCGAUUAUUGAUAGGAAAAAGAUUUCCUACGAGCUGCCCGACGAGAUCGAGGAACUGGUUGGUAAAACCUUGCUUUUCAAAGUUCGAAUCCAAGCAAGGCAACGUUUUGGCUACACUUCAUUUUCUAUUGUUAGAUUGGUUGAUGAUGAUAAGCUGAUCUCCAACUACAACCAGUGGGUUGUUGAGCAUACUGAAUUUGACUUUAUGACUUUGCUCAUGAGGGAACAAGAAGACAAUAAAGAGGAUGAUGCUGAUGAAGUUACCACUCCUUUGAAAGUGGCUCUUCAAAAAGAGGCUGUUUUGGACACUUCUACGGCAAAACGCAACCUUUGGGAGGAACUAAACAAUUCAAGUGAAGUUGUUUUGGCCUUGACAGCACAAUCAGCUUCUACUGAUAAAGCGAAGUCGAAGGUGAAUGCUUCCAAUGAUAAAGGAAAGGAGAAGGUGGAUGUCUAA